AUGGAACUGCUUAACGAUAAAGAAAACAUGCCUACCGUCCUAAGUGGUCCUGGGGUGGGUAAAGACCCCAUCCUUGAUCUCAACAGUAAUGAUGUGGAAAAGCAAGGGGCGUAUGAACCAUCGCAAAAACAGAGUAAUAUCUCGAUGCUUGGUUUUGACCUUAGUGACAACUUUAUGAACAAUGUGGCCAAUAAUAAAGUUGCUGGAACAGACUUAAGUAUAUUAGACAAGGUGAGAAAUAGGUUGCUUGGGGAGAAUAAGGAAUCACAGCAGUUGGAUGAAACUCAAAAACUUGACCAAGAUGAAACUCAAAUAGUUCCUAACAAAGUGUCAGAUAACCAGUUUCAACAUUUGCCUCAAUUAGAAGUGGACGAAAAUGAGUAUAUCCAAUCAACCCAGGUUAUAGAGGAGAGAAGCAAUAGCAAUCUCACACAAGUAAUUAACAAAAGUAGGGUCCUUGAUCCUACUCAGGUAAUCAACAAAAGUACAACUCUUGAUCCUACUCAGAUUAUUGGUGCUAAGAGAAUAAAGCCAGCUAUAGCAAAUUCAUCCGUGGUCCCCACACAAGCGAUUCGAAGGAAUGACUUGCAGAAUUUGUUUGUGGAGUCAGAUGAAGAGGAAGAAGAGGAAACACAACCAAUGACAGCAGAAGAAAGGCAACGCAAGAUAGUUCAAUUGGCUGAGGAAAAGAAGCAAGCUCGCCUUGAGAAAGAACGAGAGCUAUUAGAGCAAGAUAUGACAAAAGGUUCAUUAACUGACGAGGAGGAUGAACUCAAUAACGAAGCCAAUGACACAGUUGUAUCUUCGCACAUGAAAAGUGAUGGUUUAUCUACAAAGGAGUUGGAGAAAGCUCAACAGUUUUUAAAUAUUCAGAAACGUCAAAUUGAUAUCAGGCCCGACUUUGAACGAAAACAAGUGUUUACAAAGGAAAAGUUUUUGGAUUUGUUUUCAGAAGAUGACGAAGAAGAGGAUGAUGACGAUCUAUUUGGUUUGAAGAAAAAGACAACUCAUAAUGAAAAACCAUCUUCGCCUACCAUAGAAGAAUUGUUGAAAUCCAGUCCUACGACAUCACCAGUUAAGAAUAAUGCGUUUGACUUGUUCCUGGUACCUUCAAAGCCAACUCAAUCAUCUAACCCUUUAGAGUUGUAUGCCCAAAGAUUGAAACAAGGCUUGCCAAGCUCGCCUUCAAACAAUCAACAAGGUAACAAUGGUGGUCCCUUGAUCAAUUUGGAUUCUGAUUCUGAUGUUGAAAUUGGACAUUCAUCUUCACCAUUGAGAACGCAGCAUAAAUCACGGUUUUCAAACCAUGCCAAAGAAUUGGAUGUAAUCCCUGAGCUUACCAAAGAACAGAAAUUUCUCAUUAGACAACGAUUUGCAAAGAAAAAGUAUCAAAAUUCCAUACAUGCGUCAAAGGAUUCGGAUAAACAUAAGCAGCAAAGUAAUUUUUUUAAACAAUUACAGAGAAGAAAUAUUGAUCAAUUGAAGGUUCAUAGGUUAAACGAUCCAGAACAUGCGUUGAUGGAAGAGCUUGAGAAGAACGAAGAGUCAAUGACUUCAUUAUUGGAAAGAGAAAUGGAAAGGGUUAGAAAGAUCAGAAAGAAAGAGAAGUUGCAGGAAAGAGCCAAGCUGGCUCUAUUGGGUAAGACAUUGGGAAUGAAGAUGGUUGAUAGUGAAGAUGAUGGGGACUAUGAUCAAGACAUACCCGAGAGUGAUGUUGCAGAUUCGGAAGUUCCUGAAAGCGAUUUCAAUUCAGAUAAUUUUGAGCAGCCUGGUUAUGAUGACGACGACGACAAUGAGAAUCAGGAUGUCAAGAACGAUUAUAACGAGUCAUUUGAAGAUGAUGAUGGAGAAGAGAACCGAGUUACUCACGAUGAUGACAGUCAUGAGUUAUUCAAAAACUUGCAACCAAGAAAUAAAGACGAAUCAUUUAUGUCAACGCAAGGAGGAGAUAUGCCUAUCAAACAUGAACCCAAUUUGCCGCUGUUCAAGGAUCUUUCCCAAUCACAAAUUCAGUCACAAACGCAGAAUCAUACACAAGUUGACCAGCCAACUCAAGUUGAUACCUCUACCUUGGGUGAGUUGGAAACACAAAUCAUCAAGAAACAAAGCAAUGAAGGUGCAACACAAGCAGACAGAAAGAAUGCUGAAGUGACAGACGAGGACGAGGAUGAUGAUAUGAUAACACCAGCACGUGUCAACAGAGGUCGUAAAGCAAUGCGUAACAAGAUGAUACAAAUCAAGGAAGAACCAGAAGACCAACCUGAGAAGCAUGAGGAAGACGAAGAGGAUCCCGAAGUCAUCCAACAAAGAAUUAAGGAAUAUGAACAAAAGAUACGAAGAAAAGAAUUAGAAGCACGUAAGCGUCGGAAAGAAUUGGAAAAGAGUGGUAUGAAAACCAUGUUCGAUGGGGAAGCAGAAGAGUCUGAAGAUGAAUGGAAGGGGUUAGGAGGAAUGGAUGGAGAAUUUUCCGAUGUGGCCAAUUCUGAAGAUGAGCGAAUGAUUGAUAACAACUUAAAUAUUGAUUUACAGAAUGAUGAAAUUCGCCAAAAGUUUAUGGAAGAAUAUCAAAUUAAAGAUCAAAAAGAAUUGGAAAAAUUGUUGGAUGAUAUCAAAAAUCAUAAAUUGAUUAAACGAGUAGGGCAGAAUAAUAAUGGAUUUGAUAUUGAAUUGAGUGAUGAAGAGGAUCAAUUAUUGGCUGCUUAUCGUAAACAAAAAUUAAUUGAGCAACAACAACGAUUACUACAGAAUAAAAAAUUGCAAGCAUUGAGCAAAGAUGAGAAAUCAAAGGCUUUUUUCGAUACGAUUCAGGAUAAGCAUGAAACCAUUGUGAUUGAUAGUGAUGUUGAAGAAAUUGGUCGUGGUGUUGCUAAUCCUUUUGGUGGAAGUAAAGAAUCGAGUGGAAAGGAAACUACGCCUCAUGGUGAUGUUAAUGAUGGGCAAGAAGAUGACAAGAAUGGUGGAUAUGAAGAAGAUUCAUUAGAAAAAGAGGCACCAUUGAAACAAACAAUCAAAAUAGAGGAAUCAUUUGUGCAUAAUAAGUUGUCAUUCUUGUACCAAAGUGUCUAUGAUGACGAAAAUGAUAGUGGUGAGAGAGGGUACAAUCGUAUACAAAAGUUAUCUAAAUUGCAGCAUGGCAUAUCAGAUGAUGAUGAUGAUGGUGUCGAAGAUAUCACGGCGUUGAAAUCAAGGAGUAUCCUUCAACAUAAUCGACAAGUCACCAACAUUGAUCAUAAACAACAGAACCCCCGCAAGAGAAAGUUGGGUCAAGAUACACUUUUUGAUAAUGUAGAUGGAAAUAAGCAGGAUGGUGGCGAUACUGACAAAGAUGAAGAUGAAGACAACAAUGAUGAAGAGAUCAAUCUCGAUGUGGUUGAUGUGGUUGAUGGGGAUGAGGACGAUGAGUUUGAUGACGACUUUAUGCCAAUUUUCAAAAAACCAUCAAUUACUCAAUCAUUCAAAUCGUUCCAAGAGCAAAAGGGAAUGUCCUUCAACAAGAACGGCAAACAACAUUUCUCCGGGGUCACAAUUAGUAAACAAUACAAGGUUGUUUCCGGCUCAAAAGCGUCGAUUACGUACAUGUCGUCGAAACUGGCCAAAGCCAGGGCCCAGCAACAGCCAUCACUCAAGAGCUUUAAAGAACGACAAAUUGAGAAAAGUUUACGCAACUCAAGAAAAGAAAGAGGUGAGAAGCAUAAGCCGGAGUCAGGGUCGUCUUCUACUACUUCGCUGCGAUUGUUUACUAGUUCUGAUUUCCUAUAG